GGACCAGGUCUGUACACAUUCCUUGUUUGGCCCCCUUCUUACUCCGGUCUGGACCCGCUCUUAUACCUUUACAUGUAAUGUAAAAGUAAAGCCCUUCUCUAUCUGCUUGGACUCUGGUUCUGGUCCUGGUCUUCAAACCAGUACCGAUCCUGUACUGGUCCUGGCCCUGUCAUGGACCCGGUUUGGUCCUCUCCCUGUUACUGGUCCUGUACUUUCCCCGGUCCUGGCUCUGUACUGGUCUGGUCCUGGUCCUGUGUGGCGGCAGGUAUUGAUUGUUCAUGUUUUUCCCCGGCAGACAUGGAGAUCUUUAAUCUGUUAAUCUGAGCCAUGGGGGUCCAGAUUAGACAAACUGAUUCUCCAUGAACCCUCAUCCUCCUUCCUUCCAGAAAUAAUCCUUCCGAUAGAAAACUGAUCUAGAUCCUCAGCAAGACUUAAGAGUCCUGAAGAAAACCUUGUCUGGAAGAGCAGUUUCUUGAGUUUAACUGCUUAUUUAGGUUUCCUUUGAUCUCCGGUUAAUCUUGGUAACACAUCAGAGGCAUUGUUGACAGUCCGAGUCUGACCAGCGGGAGACUUCUACAAAGGGACACCACUCGGUUAUUUUAAUAAUGUAAAUUCAUAAUGGAGACACUUUGUCUUUAACAGCUGCUAACUGAUUAAUAAACAAAGAUUAUGAUUUAUCUGAUAAAUUCAUCAUUUAUCCAUCUGAACUGGCCUAAUUGGAAAAUCAACAGUGUUAACUGGUUUGAAGAAAACAAGGCAGCAUGGUAACCUUUGACCUUGUCAUGCAGAGUGUGACCUUGAAGCGUGCUCAGGUAAUCCAGAUCAGUGAGGACCACCUGGCCAUCUCAGAGGCUUCUCACGUUUCACUCCGUGGCCACAAAGAGGCUCGCAGACAUCAGAGCAUUAUUCAGGAAGUCAUCUCAGGGUUUCUAAAAUGGAUCGUGGUUUUCCAGGUGCACCCUGGGUAAUACGCCACUGCAGAGUUGUAAUUUACCUUUGAUCCAGACUGCUGUCUGAAGCCAUUUGGUUUUACUUCCUUAAAGUGACAGGACUUUGACGCUUAUCCAGUCCAGUAGAUUAACAAAUGGGAUUAGAACAAAGAGAAGGAGGUCCCAUCUGUUCAGAGAGCAGCGAGGAGACGCCGGGUCCUCCUCACACGUCUCACUGGACCUCUGGAUGGACCUUUCCGGGAGCUGGGAAGUGAAAGAGACGAGGAGCUAAGUUGUUGAAGACCUGAGAAGCUGAGGAGUGAAGUAGCCGCGGAGCUAAGGAGCAUAAAGACGAAAGAGUCCUGCUGGAGGUUCGCGUCUUCUGAGAAAUGGAAGGACGGUUGUUGCUGUGGAUUCUGGGAGCUGUUAUUCUAUCAGGAGCUGUCCAAUUGGAGACAGAUAUGGACCCUGAGGAAUCCGGUUCUCAUCUUCUGGGUCCGGAGGAACCUGGGUCUCAUCUGGUGGAUCCUGAAGAACCUGGGUCUCUUCUGGAACCGUCCUUGGUUCACUAUCAGCUUCUCGAUCGAAAAGCUUUAAUUCGGAGAAGAAGAGACAUUUUGUUUCCCAGCGGAGUAAAGCUUUGUUCUCAGGAGACGUUGCAGCAGGCCGUCAACAACCACCUCAAGUACUUCCAGCUCAGAGUGUGUCAGGAGAUGGUGUGGGAGGCCUACAAGGUCUUCUGGGACCGCCUUCCGGAGCAGGUGGAGUAUCAGAACUGGGUCGGUCGCUGCAUCCACGAGUCCGUCAGCGCAAGGGAGAUUGGACACUUCUUCAGCCAAUCAGAGGAGCACGUCCGCCUAGUUAGGAUUAGAGUUUCCAUGGAGACGCCGAUGAACAGUGUGAACACCACAUCAAAGCCUCCACCAUGCAGCUCGGAGACGGCGAGGACGUCAGAGGCUGGAGGUCCUCAAGGGGACCUUGAUGUUAUCGUCGGACCAGACACGAUCACAACCAACAAAGACAAUCUUCCACCGGGUUUUGAGUUCACUGAUCGGAUCCCUUUAGAAGAAGCACAUAUUGGGGACAUCGCAGAAGAACUGGUAGACAAAGAUCAAACCGUGAGAGAAGAAGUUGAGAUCUUUGCUGAAGAUGUGGAUGCAUCUGAUUCUGUGGUCAGAACAGAAGAUGAGGAGCCUCCAUCAGAGGUUGAAGAGGUCCUUACAGAAGAUACCAUUGUGGUUGUUGCUGAGCCUAAUGCAUUGAACUCAGGGCAUGAAGGUCCUGUGGCUUCAUCUGAAACAGAGAGAACUCUUCAGAUUCCAGACGAGUCUUCAGAUCCACCAGCACCAACCAAUGCAAUGGGUUUAGAUGCUCUUGAGGUAGAUAUUCUUGAAGUAUCUGAAUCAAAACCAGCCCUAGAACAUCCUUAUGAGAAAAUUAUAGAAGGUAGUCGAGUGCCUUCUCAGGCUUUGGUUCUGACCACAACAGACAAGAUCCUAGGAGAAGUUGGUGAAGACCUCGGCCACAAACCAACUCUUAUGGAUGAGGUCACCUCUGAACCCGUGUUCCUGAUUCCACAAGAGGCCAUGGAUGAAGACACCUCCUACAUCACAGAGGAGGUACCUCUGCAUACUACGGUGGACGAGGCAGAGGAAGAAGAAAGCGUGAAGCAUGAAAAGGACUUGGUUGUUGUUAUUGAAGAUGAGAUGUUGGAGUCCAUUGAGGUGAAACCAACAGAUGUUACAGAGCUAAAGGUCACUGAGAAAACAACACAAGAACUAGACGUUCAACCCGAGGAGGAAACAGUUACCAGAGAAGAUAUAUUAGAAGAUACGGGACGGUUCCCAGCUGAAGGGGAACCAGACGAAGAUAGGAUGGAGACAUCAACCGCUGAAGAACCGGCAGAAAGAGGAACAACUGAAGAUGUAGGUACCCUUGAGGCACCUUUAAAACGUGGUGACAAUCUAGAGGCAAAUCUAACAGAACGAGAAUCACAACCCGGUCCAGAAACUGUACAAAAGGUAGAACCUACUGAAGAUGUUGCAAAAAAAGAAGAACCCACAAGAGAACCAGUACAAGAAUCAGAGCUCGUGGAAAGAAUUACAGAAGAAAAGAAACCCGCACAAGAAGCAGAACGUGAAAUCGUGUCUGAUGAAGAUGAAACCCAAGAAGCAGCAGGAGGUGAACUUUUGGAGGUCUCAGAAGAAAUUACAUCUGACACCCCAUUGGUGAUAUUAGAGAAAGUUUCUGAAACCAUCACAGAUAAUGCAAUGCAGGUUACUGAGCAUGCAAGUGAAGGUCUAGAGUCCUCAUCUUUCCCAGAGGGCCCGAGUGAAACAACUCUAAAAGAUGUGACUAGUGAGCAUCAAAGGAUUGUUACCACUGAGGGGGGAGUGACUGAGGAGGUUCCUUAUGAGCUACCUCGCGAGCCUUUCCUGGAGGAGGAUGCACCUGGAGAAGACCUGAGUGUUGAGGGUAUCUCCUCAGAUGUGACGGAGGCUCCAGUAGAUGCCAUGGAGGUGACCACCAAGUAUGUUAUUGAGUACAACAACGGCAACUUCCCUGACCUGACGGUGUGGCCUCGUGACGUUGAUGACGACCACACCUUGGAGAACGCGAUUGGUAACGAGAUUGAGGCGGAGGCGUGGCCCCCGAGGCCCCUGAAGGAGCACAUCGUGGAGCUGAGCCUCAGGUUGAGAGGAGAAACCUACAAUGACGCCCUGAGGGACCCCAGCAGCUUCCAGUACCAGCAGCUGGCCAAGAGCUUCACCCGCAGGAUCGAAGAGGUGUUCGAGAGGCUUCCGGGAUUCAAGACUGUCUUUGUGGUGGAAUUCAGGCCUCAGAAGGACCUGGACAGGGGUCUGGUGGUUCUGGUCCACUACGUCAUCACCCUUGAGGUGAACAGCGACAGCGGAGUCACCAACGACACGCUAGACUUUAUCUCUCUUCAGAACAACCUGGUGGAGAAGAAUUACCCAGGAGCCGCCGAACAGCCCACCGUUGUCUACACCAUCACCGAUUUCCGCAACUACAUUACCGAGGCUCUGCACAAGGACAACUUCAUGAGCAACAGCAGCCUGGAGAUGCCGCUGGAUGCCCUGCAGGGGGAGAACGCGGAGAACUUGUUGCCAGCUGUGAAACCUACAAGCCGACCGGCCGACACCUUCAACAACAUGGACAACAUCCUCGCUGCAGAGAAGCCUCCUGACGCUCCGAACCACGAGCUCGACCUCACCGACGCUUUGCUCAACAAAGAUGAGUUCCUCUUCAACCCCUUCGACCAGAAGAAGGACGCUGUGUCGAGUGAGAACGACGCCUUUGUGUUUGGAGAGAGCACAAAUUCUCCAGCCGCUGCAGGGUUCGCUGAGAUAACCUUAGACCUGCAGAGAGAGAACGAGGGGAACCUUGAAGAUGAAGGGUUUCUCGUGAGUAACGCCCCAGCAGGCAGUGACCUCGUCCCUCAAGGCAACCAGGUGAAUCCUGGAAGAUCUUCUGAUCAUCUGGGGCAUCACGCUGCCUCCGAGGUCCCGCUGGACGACGGAUCUGGCUCCAGCUCCUCAGGAGAUGGGCAGGGUGCCGACCUGUCGUUCCGGCAGCCAUCGGCCUUCUCCGACGAGAUCCUAUAUGAGGACGGGGUCAGCAGCCUGGAGGCGUUACCGCCGCCAGACCUGGAGAACGAGGAGGAGGAGGCCACUGAGAAUAAGGAUGUAGCUUCAAUGGAGUUUCAGUUCACCGUAGCUUCCCAAUUACGGAAAGCUCCUGCUUUUGAUGGACGCAUUGAGGAGACAUUUUUGGACCAGGAUCUUGUGACUCCCCACAUCAGAACAGACCCUCGGCACUCCACCACCAAUGAAGCGCCAGUGUUCUCCCCCAAAAGAACCUUUGCUUUCGAACUGUUAGUGGAGGCAUCUGGUAUCCAUGAUGACGACUUCUUGACCAGACCACACACCCUUAUGACUCCGGUCACAGACUCUUCUGAACUUGAACCCUGGACUCAAAAGAUCCAUGUUUUUGCAGGACCAACCAAUUGGGGUUUGAAGCCUCCAGACAUGACUGAAGAUGUGAAAGCUACUACUGAAGCACCAGCAGAACUUUUAGCUGCUACAGUUGGGUCUGUUGAAGAUCAACCAAAAAUGGGAGAGUUUAAAGUCCCGGAUAGUGAAACCCCCUCAACUGGAGAGAAUCCUAACUUUGUAGAAGUCCACUCGAAACCAAGUUUUGACUCGAUCAGCAAAGAGUCUCCUAUCUUUUUAGAGGUCUACACAGAAGCAAGCUUUGACUUGAUGACCAAAGAGUCUCCUACCUUUGUAAAAGUCCACUCUGAACCGAGCUUUGACUUCUUCACCAAAGAGUCUCUUCCCUUUGUAGAAGUCCACUCAGAACCUGUCUUUGACUCUACCACUGAAAAUCAGGCAGAAUUUCAGAUAUUCACUGAAACCUACCUGCUAACAGAAACUAAAGAAGAAGAUAAGGUUGAGAUCUUGGAAGAACAAGACAUGGGCGGCACUGAACCCACCAUAAAAACGGCGUCAGAGGUUGGUCUCCGCGACAAGCAUCUGGUUGUGGACAAAAUCAUGGUUGUCCCGCUAACAGCUGCAGCUCCAGUCCUCACUUCCACCCUAAAGUCAGACUACAGCGGCAGAAUUGCGCUCUCCCCUGAGAUGGACUCACCGUUCACACGGGUGUCAGAUUCAGCACCGGACGAUGAAGAGCCGGUUCCCCACGAGCGCCUUAACCACGAUGAAGAGUUUCUAAUGAGCGGCCCGACGUCAGGUGUUCGACACUAUACAUCAUCGCAUCAAGGAGAUAUAAUGUCUCCAGGAGCUUCAGCUCAGGAUGAAAACACGUUAACCACCUCGACGAAUACUUCAGAAAGUGAAUCUAGCAUCAAACCCCUCCACACAACGUCGUCCUCGCUUCAGGAGGUCGACCAAAACCCCCCAGCUGCCGAGGUCCAAGUCUUCGACCACGACAUAUCCGAAGUGCCGGGCAUCAACGUCAGCUUCGAUCUGUUCCAGUACGCCGGUGAGGUGGCCGAAGGUGACAGCAGCGGAUUCUUCAGUGGGGCUCAGGUGUCAGAUCCGGACGCCGUUGCCCUAAAGACCCGACCCGGCCAUGCCCUGACUGUGUUCUUUAGCCUCAGGGUGACCAACAUGGCGUUCUCCCUGGACCUCUUCAACAGGAGCUCGCCCGAGUACAAAGCCCUGGAGCACCAGUUCCUUCAGCUGCUGGUCCCGCACCUUCAGUCCAACUUGAACAACUUCAAGAAUCUGGAGAUCCUCAAUUUCAGGAACGGCAGCAUCGUGGUGAACAGCAGAAUGAGGUUUGGUAAGCCAGUUCCCCAAGGGGUCACCAACGUGGUGUACCUCAUCCUGGAGGACUUUGCCAACACCGCCUACCAGACCAUGAACCUGGACAUCGACAAGUACUCGCUGGAUGUGGAGUCAGGUGACCGGGCGGACCCCUGUAAGUUCCAGGCGUGUAACGACUUCUCCCGGUGUCUGGUGAACCGCUGGUCCGGGGAGGCGGAGUGUGUUUGUGCCGCCGGGUACCUGAGCGUGGACGGUCUGCCGUGUCGGAGCGUCUGCGAGCUGCAGCUCGACUUCUGCCUCAACGAUGGCAAGUGUGACAUCAUCGCUGGCAAGGGCGCCAUCUGCAGGUGCCGGGUCGGAGAAAACUGGUGGUACCGCGGUGAGCACUGCGAAGAGUUUGUGUCCGAGCUCCUGGUGGUCGGCAUCGCUGUGGCCUCGGUGGCGGGCUUUCUGGCGGUGGCAGCCGCCAUCAUUUUUUUCCUAGGGAGGACGCUGCGGGACCAGUACGAUGGCGGCGACACAGAGGACCCACUACGGCGGGGUGACUGUGGGCCGACGCUGAAGCAAGCGGACAAGCUCAACACUGCCUUUGAGGGUGAGCCGGUCAGCGCCCGGUACUACCGUCGCUAUGACGACAGGCCGCGGCACAGCAGCUCCACAGGCACCGGACGGCCCCUGGACCUCAACGCUGACGAGCUACAGCAGAUCUACCAGAACGCUGCGCUCACCAAGGAGGAGGUCCAGGAGCGCCUCAGGGUCCUCGAAUUGUGUGUCAGAGAUCAACAAUUUGCAGACUUUGUGCGACAGACUCAAGUGUUCCUGGAGAGGAGAGAAAGCUGCACCACAUAGUUAGUCCAGAUCUGCUGACCAAGGUCUGCGUUCUCUGAGACACACUCAGGACUCGUCUCCACAGAUCUCUGCCUUCUACUCGACUGAAGGUGACGAAAUGGUCACCUGCCGCCUGUCCUUCUCACCUUCACCAGUAAAUACGCGUUGUUUGCUUUUUAAUGCGUCGGUCCGUGCUCACUACUCUUCUUCGUCUCCUCUGAGAACCUCUGUCUCACGUGGUGGAAUGGCUCAUGGCUUAGCUUCAUCUGGUGGGCUUCUUUUGGACCUAACCCUAACCCUAACCUGCUACUGGAGCUCCAAACUCCUCGCUGGAGCCCCAACCACCUCGCUCGAGGUCAUAACACCUUGUUAAAGGUCAACACCUCAGAGGAGGUUCUAGCAACUGCUGGAGGUCUGACUCAGCAUUCUUCUUCGUCAGUGCCUUCACCGCUCUGCUAGAUUCCACGCGUAAACUCUCAGAGCUUCACUUGAUUAAAAACCACCAUGUUUACGUUUCAUUAAGGAUGCUGUGUGAGCUCUUGAAGAACUCUUGAAGAACUCUUAAAGAACUACUGUAGAACUUCUGAAGAACUCGUGAACUAUGUAUUUUAUGUUUUGUAUUUCUUCACCAAUCAGAAACCUCAUUCUGAUUAUUGAAAUGUUUGUCUGAUGGUUGGAGAGGUCUGAUUCUCAUUUCAGUUCCAAUGCAAAGAACCUGAAAUAUUCUGGACUGUAGAUCAAAUCUAUGAUGUUUCCCAACAUGACAAACCUCUGACUAACCAGUUAGUUAAGUCUUUGUUUAUCUUCGUUUGUUAUUUUCUUUUGACUUUAGGGACUAAAAGUUCAAACUGUGACGUGUAAGUGAACCCUCAUGUUUUUAUAAAAAAAUAAAGACAAUUAUUUUUACAGAAACAUUACAGCCCCACAGUUUUAUUUAUUAGUAGUUAUUACUAGAAACUAUUUUUUUGGAAGGGGGGGGCAGUAGAUUAUUUGGCCCUUGACCAUGCAAAUGUAGUAUUUAAGUAAAUAUGUAACUGAAGUACAUCAGGAUUCCAACUGGAAAGUAGAGUAGAUAGUGAAGUAAGGGUUUUGAUCCUCGUCUAAGGCUACCGUACCUUCUGAGUAAAGCUAACCUUGUAGUUUUAUUAUUUUGGCCAUUUUGUAGUUUGCAGCGGAAUUCAAGAACGAACAAAGGUAAUUUAUUUUUAUUUUAGUGGAUUUCUUUUCAUUCCUACUGUUUUCCUUGGUGUUUUAUUAUGAAAGCAUAAUUUCUUUCAUCCCGACUUCCUACCGGCCAUGGACACAUGCCCUCAUAAUUCUUAUUUCAAAUACAGUUUCACAUACACUUACAGUAAAUUUGUGUGGUGUAUCUGCUUCAUUGUGCACAAUGUUAUAUUAUCUUUCUGUGUUUUUCACUAUGUACAUUUAUCCUGUCUUAUUCUCCAAUGUAUGUACCACCCGCCAUGACAAAUUACUUGUAUCUAUAACAUACUUGGCGAAUAAAUGGUUGUUAUUCUACA